AUGGUCGCCACCUUCAUCCUUACUCGCACCUUCGCCAUCUCUGCUCUCUUUGUUGGUGCGGUUCUGCCGUUCGCCAUUGCCGCGCCCCUUCCCUCGCCGGAGGUUGUCCGCUCUUUCUCCUUCGACAAGCGGUUCUGCCGCCAGAUGAGCUGCCUGUUCGAGGUCCCCACGGACACUACGGAUGGCCCCUCAACGGAAGCUGCGGACACUGACGCGCAACUCACCAAAAUGGCGUCGGACGGCACGGAAGCUGUAUUCGUCGCAGGGGGCAUCGAGCCGGAAGAGGGCGAUGUCGGAGACAUUCCUGAGCCUACCGAAAGCUUUUGA